UCCGCGUUAGCUCGCGGCUGUGUUGGAUAUUAGCAUAGCAUGUAGAUGAGAAGCGAGCCAAGACGUCAAGCAGGCGCUUUGGAGGUCACUUUCCUUUGUCUUGGAUUUUAAAAACAAACAAAAAAAAAGCAAGGUUGUCGCUGAUAAAACGUCGUGACAACAUGGAUUACUGGAGUGCCUUGGAGGUGUACAAGCAGAUGGUGCUCCUCUACCUGGAGGAGGGCCGGCGGCAGGUCAACUCGCACUGCAGGGACUUGGAGCCAUGGCAGAUCAUCGGAGUGACGCUUGUCACCACACUGGGAGCAGUCUGGCUUAAAGGAUUCCUCUUCCAGCAAGAAAGUCUCCUUUCCAGAAUGAAGAAGCAGUGCUUUCGACUCAUCAGAAAAAUACCCUUUGUUGGCGGGGCGAUCCAGAGCCAACUGAACAAGGCCUUAGAUGACAUGUCUGCUAGUCUGUGCACUCUGAAGAAUGGCAUGAGCUACACUAAAAAGCUGCCUUCAAAAGGCCUCUCGCAGAGCCAAGUCCUAGACAAGAUCAUCGAGUACCAAACUCUGAAUGAAGUGCAGUGGCAGACUGGCUGUGUUUCAGGCGCAGUGUACUGGGGUGAUGAAGCACUGACUAAACUCCUGGUGAAGGUGUAUGGAGAUUUUGCAUGGAGCAACCCCCUUCACCCAGACAUCUUUCCUGGUGUAAGAAAGAUGGAGGCAGAGGUCGUUAGAAUGGCUUGCACGCUUUUCCACGGUGGACCCAACUCGUGUGGCACAGUGACUUCAGGAGGAACGGAGAGCAUACUGAUGGCCUGCAAGGCGUACAGAGACAUGGCGUAUGAACGAGGUGUCAAAUACCCAGAAAUUCUCGCGCCAGUUAGUGUCCAUGCAGCCUUCGACAAAGCAGCACAUUACUUUGGGAUGACGCUUGUUCACAUUCCCCUCAAUAUAAAAACAAUGCAAGUUGAUGUGAAGGCUAUGAAGAGAGCCAUCAACAAGAAUACAGCCAUGCUUGUGUGCUCAGCCCCCCAAUUUCCACACGGGAUUAUGGACCCGAUUGAGGAAGUCGCAAAGCUGGCUGUGCACAACCACCUGCCAUUGCAUGUGGAUGCCUGUCUGGGCGGUUUUCUGAUCGUCUUCAUGGCUAAGGCUGGCUACGCACUCGCACCGUUCGACUUCAGGGUAAAAGGUGUCACUAGCAUCUCUGCAGACACUCACAAGUAUGGCUACGCCCCCAAAGGUUCUUCAGUGAUUCUCUACAGUGAUAAAAAGUACCGGCACUAUCAGUACUUUGUGGCUCCAGACUGGCAGGGUGGAAUAUAUGCCUCGCCCUCCAUAGCAGGCUCCAGGCCUGGAGGAAUUGUUGCGGCCUGCUGGGCGACCAUGAUGCAUAUGGGAGAGAAUGGAUAUGUUGACGCCACUCGGAAGAUCGUCCGUGUAGCACGCAAAAUCAAAACAGAGGUUAGAAAGAUGAAAGGUGUGUUUGUGUUCGGGGAUCCACAAGUGUCAGUUGUGGCAAUAGGGUCGAAUGAUUUCGAUAUUUUCCGUCUGUCUAACGCACUGACGUCAAAGGGCUGGAAUCUGAACACACUUCAAUAUCCAUCCAGCAUCCACAUUUGUUGCACAGUUCUGCACACCCAGCUGGGUGUUGUGGAACGCUUUGUUAGUGAUGUCAGAGAACAGGUUGCCAUCAUUAUGAAGAACCCCAAAGAGAAAACCACAGGAAUGGGAGCGAUCUAUGGCAUGGCCCAGUCCAUCCCAGACAGGUCCAUGGUAACGGAGAUCUCCCAAGCCUUCCUGGACUGUCUCUACAGCACAGAGGUGGCCAAGUCGGGCACCAGCCACAUGAACGGUAACGGCAAAGCCCACUAAAAGGAUCAGGGUUGUUCUGACCUCGCUGCAGAUGGGGAAACUUGCACAUCACCUCCCAUUACUCAGAGUUCAUCGUUGAAUGGUUGCCUUACCCUGCGUCGCUGCAGAUAAAAACGCCUGCAAAGAUUUUUAAAGCACAAGACAUCCUUGUAAUCAUCCCAGAGGCAAAUCACUCAAAGACUGGCUCGCUUUUAAAUGUGUUUUGGUGUUUGAUUAGAUUUACAUAAUAUAGUGAAUGUAUUUGUCAUUAGAUUCAUUUCAAGAUUAGCCAAUCUGCAUAGGCAACAUAUGUUUUUAAAGCCGCAACAUUUCAGUUUGCUGCUGUCAUUUUCUCAAUCUCUGAUGACUCCGCAAAAAAAAAACAAAAACAAAAAAAAACACACAGACCACUGAGA